UGCGUGCAGUGGUGGAACGUGUGGCGGCCCAUUUAAACCAAACUGUAACCGAAGAGCAAAUGGCUCGAGUACUGGAAUACCUGAGCUUCAAAAACUUGGCAAGCACCGAAGCCGCUGGUAAAGAAAAAGUCAAGGAGAUGGGCAUCAUGAAUGAAGAUGCCGGUACCUUCUUUCGUAAAGGAAAGACUGGUGAUUGGAAAAAUCAUUUCAGUCCAGAACUCAACGAGCGCAUCGACAAGUGGAUACAAGAUAAUCUGGCCGGCUCUGAUCUCAAAUUCGUCAUGGAAUUGGAUAAACAAGAUUGAUGACUUCCUUAACCCCUUUUUAAAUUGUAUUAUAUUUCAGGAUUUUAAAAAAUAAUGGCACCCAAAGGAAAUAGAUAGAACAUUUGGUUGAAA